AAUAUAUAAAUACUUUUUUGUGUACAAUAACUAGUUUUGCUUGUCUCUUACCAAUCAUAAUUAGUGCAAUUAAUGAUGCCGACCUUGAAUGGAUUUGUUGAUUGUAAUUAGAAAACAAAGCCUAGUGUUAGUGUAUGUAUAAUCUGCCUUCGUUUUAAUAGCUCUCGAAUUGCAUUUAACUAAGUACCCCAGGUGGACAACUUCAGGAAUAACCUGUCAACUUGGGCUUACUUAAGUUUUUGAUGGAUUUCUGUAGGGUAUCAAAGCAUUUAUUUAAUACUAGUUUUCUUAUGUUUACGACUUUUUAAACUAAGGUUAUUAGCGUCCGUUGUUUCAAGUGUAUUAACUUUUACACACUUUUUAUGACUGUACCUCAGUUGUCUUUAUACAGUUGUAUCAUUGGGCUAAAUUGUUGCGUAUGCCAAACAGGCGACCUGUGAAGUGACCAGUAAUGACUUCGUAAACAAUACACACUCUGCACAGGCAAUUACCAGUUAAGACCUACUUAACCAAUACUUGAUUUCUAAUGAACAAAAUGAAAUCAGUUCGGGGAAGUCUUCUAACGCAUAAAAGACAAAACGUGACGGGCAAAAGGCUAUGCUUAUACGCGUAGUUUUUAAUGUUGAUGAUAUGCUAUGUUUAUAAAAAAAUAUCCAAAUAACUUUGUUUUCUACUGUGAUUGACCAUUUUGACAUAAAGUCAGUUCAAUGAUCCGCAUAAACCUAAAAAUCACAGCCGAAAAACCUAGGACAUUGAUGAUAAUCACGUUUACUGUUUUUAUACAAAUAGGUGAUUUCCUGUAAACAGACUGUUUAUGAACUUCUUGGUUGCAAACUAAUAGGCUAUCGGACUUUUAUUAUGUCUAGUGUUAAUAUUCACUACAAGUCGAUCUUGGUUAAAUAGAAGGGGGAUUUUCCUGGAUAGCUCAUUUUUCAUGCUUAAAAGUUACCGAUUCUGUAUUCGAAAACUUGGUUUUGUCAUGCUUGUUAAAUAUAACUUUAUUCAUAAUAUUGAAAUGAAACAGAUUCACUAGUUUUUAUACUACACUGUAAAUCUUCCUAAUCCAAUUAGUCUUAUAGAAAUCAUUUGUUUAUCGAAAUUAUCAUAUGAAAUUUCAAUCCAAACUGAUGAACAUUUAAGCACGAAACUUGAAUAUAUUCGGUUUCCGUGCGAGAAUAUCGAUUUUACACUUACCAAAAAUUUGGCUGGAAGUUGUAAAUUUCAUGCUCGGUUCAUGUACAGUGUAAUAAACUCUAAGUAAUAAUAAAAAUGUAAUUGUUUUGAUUGUAAUUAGAUCAGUGGGACUGGCAACUUGAAAAGUAUGGGCGAGAUAACAAUUACACAGAAUGUAUUCACCAUGUCAUAGUGAGUUAGACAAAUUUCUUUGAUUCGUCUUUCGUUUUAUUAAAACCACUUUUUAAUAUUUACAUUUGUAAGGAAAUAAGACAAUAGCAGGAUUGUAAUGGUGUGUAAUGUCACAACAAACAUCCACUAAUACAACUGGACAAUUAGUUGGUGCUAUUAGUAGUAAUGAUAAUUUACUCGGUUCACCUAUGCCAUAUCAACCAGUUUGUCAGAGAUGCUAUAAUCCACUACAAUUGGAUCAAGAUUUUGAACACUUACAGAAAACAGAAUUGCUGACCUUAAUUGAUGCUACGACUGCUGACAGUGAAACAUCUGAUCCAAUUAAUUUAGUACCUGUUAAAAAUUCGACCACUCCUCGACCAAGAUUUAUUGUCCCACCAAAUUCAGCAUUGUCCUUGUUAAAUGAUGAGGAAGAUCCACUUGAAACUCUUCAGUCAUAUACCGGACCUACUUCAAGUCUUGACCAUCGUCUUAAGGUGAAUGCUUGUUUAUUUGAUGUAUUAAGUGGUCGUACUGAAGUUGAUCAUCCUUUAUGCCAGGAAUGUGCUGAUACUUUACUGUUAGCUAAACAACAGUGUUUAGAAUUUCAGGAAGAAGAAAUGAAAUGUUUGCAAUUUUACUUAUCGUACCUUGAUUCGACUGCUGGGAAAAUUGAAGCUAAAUUAAAGUCUAAACAAGCGUUUAAAUUAAAGUCAACCCAGAAAACGGAAAGUGAUAAUCUUUCAUGUGAAACAAUCACUCAAUCACAUGAUCAAGUCUCUGAAAAUCAAAGCACUAUCACAUCUAGUGAAAACAAAAUUCUAUUUAAUAAAAUAGUUGACGAUGACGAUACUGCCGUUCAUGAUGCAAACAACGAGUUGGCUAACGAUUCAACAUUAAUUGAUUCUGUAUUAAGUCUUGCAUUUGAUGAUAACAAUGAUAGUGAUAAUUAUUUUGAUGAUGAUGAUGGGGGUGGUGAUAACGACGACAACAAUAACAACAUAGGUGGUAGUAGUUAUGCUGUGAAAAUAGAUAAAAAUAUUAAAAAUUAUACAUCAAAUCGUAAAAAAUAUGGUACAAGUGUAAGUGAACUUGAACAAACAUUAAAUGCUUUACAAUCCAAUUUAAAUGAGUUGUUAAUUGAAAAUGACAAAUUAGAUAAACAAAUAAUUCAAGAUACAGCUGAAUUAGAAAAGCGUACGGAAGAAUUAGAUAGAGCUACCACUCAAUAUAAUGAUCAAAAACUGGCCUUAAUAGAAGCAGAAGAAGAAAUGCAGUGCUUAGAAUCUCGACUAAGCUAUGCUCGAAAUCAUUUACAUAGAUUACAGCGUACAAAUGUACUUAAUAUCGCUUUUCCUAUAUGGUACGAUGGUCACAUUGGUGUAAUCAAUGGACUACAUCUUGGUCGUUUGCCCAAUCGUCCUGUUGGUUGGGAAGAGAUCAAUGCAGCUUGGGGUCAAUGUGCUUUAUUAUUACAGUGCAUUGGGAAGAAACUUAAUUACACUUUUCAAAAUCAUCGUAUUGUGCCAAUGGGAAGCCAAUCAAAAAUGGUUCAACUAUCGAUAUCGAAAGAAUUUCCUCUAUAUUAUACUACUGGUGGCAUGCGAUUAUUAAGCGCUGGCAAAUUCGAUACAGCUAUGAUAAAUUUUUUAGAUUGUCUAAAUCAAGCUCAACAAAUUAUAGAGCAUACAUCCAAUAUACAAUUGCCUUUUCGGAUUAAAGAUAAAGGAAAAGUACAAGAUCCUGAUGGUCAAAUUUAUUCGAUUAAAAAGAUGUUAUUAACAUCAAUCAAAAUAUUAUCUAGUGAGACUACCGUAAAACUGUUGCGUAAUAAGCGAGAAUAAUAUUGAAAGCAUUACUCACGGAGGUCUGAACAUGCAGACUCAAUUACAUUUCAGUCGAUAUAUCUGAGCAAGAAAAAAACUCGCAAAAAGAUAGGAUGGAAUGGGAAUUCUGAAGAGAAUUGGACGAAAGCUUUAAAAAUGAUGCUUAUCAAUAUGAAAUGGAUUAUAGCUGCAUUAUCUACGAAAAAGAAUAAAAAAGCAAUUAAUAUUCAAUCAACUCCCAGUACUAUUGAUAAGUAAUCCAAUAAUAAUAGUAUGUUGGUGUGUGUGAGCUAAAAACGUUUAUGUAAUUCUCCUCCUAUUGUACAGUAUAUGACUAUCAUUGUGAAUGAUUCAUUUUGAAUUAUUGUAUUGUCCUUCAACAUUAUUUUUAAUUUAUCUAAUAAUUGUUACAUGAUACAUUAUGAAAUAAUCAUUGUUUAAGCUUCUUUCUUUCAUUAGUGAUGGGUGAAUUAAACAGUAUCUAUUAUUAUUAUUAUUAUUAUUAUUAUUAUUAUUAUUAUUAUUAUUAUUAUUAUUAUUAUUAUUAUUA